AUGUAUUCAUGCUACUUAACUACGUAUGUAUUCUCCCUUCUUCCAAAUUCAGCCAAUAAUAUGUUACACCCUGCAUUGUGGCAGAAUUAUUUGGGUGUGGAUUUUAUUACGGAAGCAAAACGGAGGAAGUUUCUUGAACUAUUUCCAGAAGCAUCUACAAAUGAAGACCCAGUUCUCUUUCUGACCUCCAUCAUACCUUGGUGGGCAUGGCUAAAGAGAUCCUAUCUCGCUGAGGCUGAGCUUCUCAGUGGUCGAGCUGCCAUGAUUGGGUUCUUCAUGGCAUAUAUGGUAGAUGUUUUAACAGGGCUCAAUGUGGUUGGACAGACAGGCAAUUUUAUAUGCAAAGUGGGGCUCUUUACCACAGUCAUUGGUGUAAUUAUAUUCAGGAGAACUUUUGAUUACUUUAAAAAGCUAGCUGAGGAAGCUACUUUGUAUGAUAAACAGUGGCAAUCUUCUUGGCUAGAUCAAAAUGAAAAGAAGCUCUAAGCUUUGAAAAUGCAUGGUGGUGGUCCAGCAGUUGUUCCUGGGAUGCCCCUGGACCAUGCCUACUUGACAGAGAAUGUUGGUCUAGUUGAAGCAGGUUAUGUGAAUUUGGCCAGGCAUAUAGCAAACACAAAAUCUUAUGGUGUAAAUGUUG